UACAUUAACCCGAAAAUCAAAACGGAAUUUUCUUCCUGUCUAUCUCUCCGUUCCUAAGCUCUUUGCCCUUGUUUCUUUCCCAGUUAAAUAUUGAUUCAAUCCGUCCUCUUCGAUUCAAAUUGCUGCUGCAUAUUUAUAAUAAAUCCAUUUCAUCUCUAUAAACGUUCUAAAUUCCUGUCUUUGAUCUUCAGUUAUCUCUAAUCUCAAAUGGGCAAGAACGAAUUCCUCACCCCAAAAGCAAUCGCCAAUCGAAUCAAAGCCAAAGGUCUCCAAAAGCUCCGAUGGUACUGUCAGAUGUGCCAGAAACAGUGCCGUGACGAAAACGGCUUCAAGUGCCACUGUAUGAGCGAGAGCCACCAGCGUCAGAUGCAAAUUUUCGGCCAAAACCCUCACCGAAUUGUCGAAGGCUACUCCGAGGAGUUCGAGAACGGCUUCCUCGAUCUGAUGAGGCGGAGCCACCGGUUCUCGCGGGUGGCCGCUACUGUCGUUUACAAUGAGUAUAUCCAUGAUAGGCAUCACGUUCAUAUGAACUCAACGCAGUGGGCUACUUUGACGGAGUUCGUUAAGUACUUGGGCCGCACGGGGAAGUGCAAGGUUGAAGAGACUCCCAAAGGGUGGUUUAUUACUUAUAUUGAUAGAGAUUCAGAGACUCUUUUUAAGGAGAAGAUGAAGAAUAAGAGAAUUAGAGCGGAUUUGGCUGAGGAGGAGAAGCAAGAGAGGGAAAUUCAGAAGCAGAUUGAGAAAGCUGAGCAAUUUCUUUCAACAGUUAGAAAUGGGGAUGUUGAGAAAGAGAAUAUUGAAUCGGCGGAGCCUCCGUUUAAGGAAUUGAAGUUGGAGGGUGGGGUUAAGAUCGGCUUUGCUCUUGGUUCAAAAAGUAAUGUUGGUAAGGAAAAAGGAGAGAGUUCUUCUAGAUUGGUAUUUGAAGAAAACGAAGAGAAGGAAAGAAUGAACACAAAAAUUAAAGAAAAUGGUAGUACGGGUAAGAGUGGAAAAUCGACAUUGGAGGAGUUGAUGAGGGAGGAAGAGAAGGCAAAGGAGAGGAGCAAUAGGAAGGAUUAUUGGUUAUGUGAAGGGAUAAUUGUUAAGGUAAUGAGCAAGACAUUGGCAGAGAAAGGUUACUAUAAGCAGAAAGGGGUUGUGAGGAAAGUGAUUGAUAAGUAUGUUGGAGAAAUUGAGAUGCUUGAGAGUAAGCAUGUGUUGAGAGUUGACCAAGAAGAACUUGAGACUGUAAUUCCACAUAUAGGGGGUCUGGUCAGAAUAGUUAAUGGAGCCUACAGAGGAUCAAAUGCGAGACUAUUGGGAGUGGAUGCAGAGAAGUUUUGCGCCAAGGUGCAGGUAGAAAAGGGAAUUUAUGAUGGAAGAGUGCUCAAGGCUGUGGAGUAUGAGGACAUAUGCAAACUUGCUCAGAAACAGAAGAAGAAUAAGAAGAGCCAGCUGUAAACUGGAGGGAAAAUCAGUAAUGGGAGGGAAUAACAGAAUUAAGAAUUGGAGAGAGUUGUUAGCUGUUAGGCAGUUAUAAAAGUGAUGAGAGUUUUUUUUCUAUUAUUAUUUUUAGUUGUAUAUUUGGAAGGUUUGAAAACUCAAAGUUUUUAUUUAUUAAUUUUGGUGUGAACUGUUUGUGAAUUGAAGAGUUAGAAUAUAUCUUUUUGUAUAUUAAAAGACAUGUUGAUUCUGUC